AACAAGUAAACCCGAAACGGAUAUCGUAUUUGCAAAUUUUAGUAUUUGUAUAUGUGUGUGUAAGAGUUUUUCAACACACGCUAUAAGAUAUCAACAAGUAUUGCUGUGCAUGAGCAAAAAGUAAAAAACAACUACAAUUUACCAACUAAAACAAGAAAACACUUGUUUGUUAUUGUUGCUUUUAACAUUUUUACCUGUUAAAGAAACUUUUACAGCUUGUGUGAGUGUGUGUGUAUGUAAUGGUAUUAGUUAAAUAGACUUUCUGUUGUAAUAUAACGGUAAAACUGCUGUCAUAUAUAAAAAAUGUUGACCGCGAACAGUUGUGGCACAUUAACAAAAUAACUGUUAAAACUGUCAGUUAUAGAUUUAUUAACAAAUAUACACAAAAUUAAGACUAGUGUUUAAAGCAAAGCAAAGUGUUUAAAUUUAAAAAAAAAAAUACAAAAUUAUAAAUUUGCAAAAAUUAUAAAAAAAAAAUUAAAAAAUAAUUAAAAAAGUGAUAAAAAACUUAAAAUUAAAAAAAGUGUUUUUUCAUUAACAAAAAUUAAUUGCAGAAUAAAUUGAAUUCAUUUUCGAUUACAACUUAAGAACAAAAUCCGAGGAAGACAAAAUGUUGUGCCAGAAAAUGUCGUCACUAACAAUGAAACUCAAAGCAAAACAACAAAAAUGUUGUUUACAACGACGCAAUCGUCAAUUUACCAACAUUCUUAUGCUGUCAAUCAUAUGGACAAUGUUGUUUACACAAACUAUGGCAAGACCAAAUUUAGAAACACUAUUGUCCAGCAAACCCACAAACGAUGUUGUACAAGAGGAACAACAACAGGAGGAUUUAUUUCUAAAUGAAAUAAUGACAAAUACAAAUGGCGAGAAACUAUUUAAUAAAUUGAAAAGAUAUCAUCACAAUCAACCCAAUUAUUUAAACAAAUGGCCGGGUCUACGUGAUUUAGUUUUAACUUUAGACUACAACGACAACAAUGGUCUCGAGGAGAGUAAUGAAUUUUUUAAUACGAAAUUUUUUGAACGUCUACGACAAUUGGCCUCCACUAAUUCGGAUUCAUAUGAUGAGGAUGUACGUGAGGAGAAUACAAAUCUAAUGCCUUUAAAGGGUUUAAAGUCAUCAACAGCCUUAAUGUCAGCCAAUCAAUUGACGUUUAAAGAUCAUAAUAUUAAAAAGAAUGUGCAAUUUCGUAAACAUUACAUGUCACCCUGUCAUUUCAAAAUCUGCAAUAUGGGUCGUAAACGAAAUGCUCGUCUCUUUACAAACAACUAUUGAAUGGACAACGAACGAUCUUUGGAGCAAAUUUUUGAAAAAAAAAACUAUUUGUUUUUCCACAAAAAAUCCAACCAUUAAAUUGUACAACAAAGUAUUGUUUUUAGUUUUAAAAUCUUUACAAUUUUCACAAAUGUUUUAAACAUUUGUCAAUUAAUUAUUAACAAUUAAUUAUUUACCUAAGUAUAUGUAUGUAAUAUUUAUUCAAGAAUAGCAAAGAAAAAAAACCACAAAAGUAUUUAUUUAAACAAAAAUAAUUAUAAAUAUUUAUAAAAAAAAAACUAAAAUACAUUAUAAUCUAAAUAUUUACUUAAUUAUUUUAGCUAAAAGAAGACAAUUAAAGUUGACACUACCUAAUUCUAUUUAGUGCAUCUAAGUUUAAAUGUUAUUGUUAA